CUCAGGUGCAGAGCAGCAGCCUUCAGCACCGCCAUGACCCGGAGCUUGACAGCCUCCUGUCUGCUCCUCCUCCUCCUGGCUGGCCUCGUGCAGCCAGGCCCUGAGCCCCAGAAGAUGGACUGCUACAAAGACGUGAGAGACACCAUCUUCAACUACGAGGCCAUGACCCUCAGCGGGAAGGAGCGCAUCCAGUUCUCACGGUUCGUGGGCAAGCUCGUCCUCUUCGUCAACGUGGCCACCUACUGCGGCCUGACCGCCCAGUACCCGGAGCUGAACGUGCUCCAGGAGGAGCUGAAGCCCUCUGGCCUGGUGGUGCUGGGCUUCCCUUGCAACCAGUUUGGAAAGCAGGAACCGGGGGAAAACAGCGAGAUCCUGCCGGGGCUCAAGCAUGUCCGGCCAGGAGGAGGAUUUGUCCCUAAUUUCCAGCUUUUUGAGAAAGGGGAUGUGAAUGGUGAAAAAGAACAGAAAAUCUUCACCUUCUUGAAGCGCUCCUGUCCUCACCCCUCUGAGCUUUUGGGCUCCUCCAGACGCAUCUCCUGGGACCCCAUCAGAGUGCAUGACAUCCGCUGGAACUUUGAGAAGUUCCUGGUGGGGCCAGACGGAGUCCCUGUCAUGCGCUGGCUCCACCAUACCCCAGUUAGUGUGGUGAGGUCGGAUGUCCUCACCUACCUGAGGCAGCUCCAAAAGAAACAGGGAGGCUGAGGUGGGCGGAAGGUGUCUGCUCCCCGAGGAAGCCCUGGCCCAGGAAGCUGCCUUCUCGCCAACUGUCUGCUGAACGCCCCCUCGCGCCCGCCCAAGCUCCCACCCUGUGCCGCAGAGUGCAGGUCGAAGGCCACUGCCACUUCUGCCUGAGAGUGUGGGUGAGGGGUGAGGGCCGGAGGCCCCGGUGCCCCCGUGCCCAGGGCCUCUCCCAACCGUCCCAGGCCGCCCCUCCAGAGGCCGCUCCCUCCUCGCAGCCCCUGCCGGCUUCCUGCUCCUCAGCCCGGAGCAACGCUCCUUGUCGUCUCCGAGGUCCCCGGAGCAGCUUUCGCUCAGCGUCACCCUCGGGACGCCCUGGUGAGGAAGCGCUGCCCAGCAGGGCAGCUCGGCUCUCGGCCUCCAGAAGCGUGUCGCCUUGCCUGCUCUCCUGCCUUCUGGAGGGCAAGACCUCUCCCCAAGCCCCAAUAAAGUGUCUCCCGCAGCA